AGGCAACGCGUUUUCGCAUGAGCCGCGGAGCGGGCGAAGAGUUGGCGGGGCCGAGGUGGAGGGAGCCGGCCCCGGCCCCUGACCCACACCCGGACCCGAACCCGGAUUCAGACCCGGCCGAACCGGGUCCCGAGGAGCGGAUCGCCGCUCGCCGCCGCCGCAUCGCCGCCCGCCUCGAUGCCCAGCGCCGGCAAGCCCUUGGAGAAAAUGAGGAGCCAAAGGAGGAGGCUGAGGAGGUGGAAGAGGAGAGAAGCAGCCACAAGCAGGUGGAAGAGAGCCGGCAGAAGCUGGCCAAGCUGCUCUUUGAAGGCACACGGAUGGUGACAGAUAUCCAGGUGGCUGUUGACUUGAGGGAAACACAGAGGAGAGCAGAACAGGCAGAGCUGAAGCUACAGAGGGUGGAGAAGCUGGAGAAUGAAGCCAGGUCCAGUGCUGACAAGUUUGAGGAGAUCACCUCGAAGUGGGCCUUGGCCAAAGACAUGACAAUCCCUCAGGAGCUGUGGCAGCUGCUGAACCAACAGCAGCAGCUAUGCACGCAGCUUCUGGAAGAGAAGAACAAGCUCAUUGGUGAACUGCAACAGGAGCUGAAAAACAAAGAUGAGCAAUACGUGCAAACCAUUAAGAAGCAGUCAGAUGACAUCCACUUGCUUUUGGAGAGAAUGGAGGAGCAGAUCAGGAUGAUGUUGAAAACUUACCGUCGCAACAUCCAUCAGAUUGAGAAAGCUUUUGAGCUCGAACGGCGAGAGCUGCUGGACAGCAACAGGAAGAAGUGGGAGGAGGCCAUCCAAGCCCUCAACACAAAAGAGCUGGAAUACCUGCAUGCCCGUGUGAGGAAGGUGGAAGAGUUUGAAAAACAGCUGAAUCAGCUGCGAGUGCAGGAUGAGGAGGAGUAUAACAGCAUGAAGAUUCAUCUGGAGAGCGAUGUGCAGAACCUGGAGAGGCAGCUCCAGCAUAUGAAAGCAGUCUAUUUGGUGAACCAGGAGAAGCUGGAAUACAACCUUCAGGUGCUUAAGAAGCAGGAUGAGGAGAACACCAUCAUCAGGUCACAACAAAAGAGGAAGCUCAACAGGCUCCACAGCUUACUCAGUAAUCUGAGAACAAAACUGGUCAAACAAGAGAAGCAGUUCAGAGAGGAGAACCAGAGUCUUGCAGCUGACUGCGAGCGCAUCACGGGACAGUGCAAGGAGGUGCAGAGGAGGAUGAGGCACUUUGCAGCCAGUGAUGCUGAGAAGUUCAUGAAGAUCUGGCUUAUGAACGAGGAGGAAGCCAAAGGAUUAAUGCGGAAAGCUCUCGAUGCAGAUCGCAUCAUUCACACCCAGCAACUGGGGCUGCCCUGGGAAGAGCCUCAUUACUGGUUCCUCAACAACGUCGGCCCCUUCAGGCAUUACAAGGCAAAGAGGAUGGCAACCAAGUUGGCUGCAGAGGUCCUGACAGAGGGCACCAGUGGGGCACGAGAGAAGAAAGAGGAGAAGGAAGAAGUGGGCAGUGGAGAAGGCCAAAAAGAAAACCCAGCAAAGGCUGGGGAUACAGUCACACCUCUGCAAAACAUCUCCAAGAAGACUGCCAAGAGGAUCCUGGAGCUCGUGAGCGAUGAGUCGGGUUUCCUCAUUGAGAGAAAGCUGCUGAGGCCUCUGCGUGCACUGGGAAAGCAUGAAUGCACCCUCUUGAGGCUUGACUCCAUCUUUUCGGCCCUUGAGAUUGACAGUGAGGAUGACCUGUACCAGCUGAUGGACUUCUUCCUGAAGUACAAAGCCAAGGAAGAAGCUCUCAGCCAGAGCCAGGGAAGCCCAGGUGGAGAAGAUAUCACAGCCCUGGGUGAGGACAGAGCAGAUGGUGAAUCCAAUGCCCAGAGUGACGAGCUCAAAUCCUCUCAGGGACCGUUGGGCUCCCUUCCAUCUGUGUACAUUCAUGCUGACGACGUCCUAAAGAUCCUGAAAGCAUUUGUGCAGGAUUUUCACAAACUGAGGGAGGAGGAUAAUUCUGCAAAGGAGGUGCUACAGGUACGGGACAGCUCUAAGGAUGGGGAGUACUGGGAAGCCUUGGCACACGUUAUCCCAGAGCCAACACUGAAGCUGUGGGACGCCCUGGCGGUGGCUCUGGAGGAAUAUUACAACAUCCUCACACGGAGGGGCAACCUGAUUGCUGAAUCAGCUGUCCUACAGCAGCAGAAUUCUGAGCUAAGCCUGAUGCUGGAGCAGUUCAUCGCCUCCGGGGUAAACAGCAUGCUGCUCUCCCCUCCUGUGCAGCAGAUGGACCCGAACCUGCCCUGUCCUGGAGAACCACGAUGAAUGCACGGCUCCAGCUUUUCUCUGCCACAAGCAGAAGCUGUGUCUGAAGCCAGGCCUUGCUGUCAGGGCCUAAUAAACCUCUCCCAAACUUGA